UUCAUUUUCGGUUCUGGAGGCGUGAAUGAGGACACCAAAAGAGGAGACUUCAAUGACUCGGGUUGCGUGUUCCAUGCUGCAGCAGUGGGAGACUACCAGAAAAUAAAGUUCUUUCUGAGCAGAAGUCGACUGGUGCUGGAUGCCUCAGACUUGGGUUACACUGCUGUCCACUUUGCAGCUGCCUACGGGAGAGCGAAAAUUCUUGAGACCCUGAUUAAAGCAGGGGCUGAUCCAAAUGCGCUCAACAGGAAAAAUGACGUCACGCCGUUGCAUUUGGCGUCUGCUUAUGGUCAUCCGCAAUGCGUCAGGAUCUUGUUGGACAAUGGAGCUGAUCACAGACUCCUGACAACUAGG